AAAACAACAGAGAUGAGACCUGAGUGUCUUCGAGUUCUUCAUCUCCAGGACUUGAAAAGAGGAGAAGACAGACGCGAGGGGGCGACGUUGGUCUCUGUAACACCCAGUCAGGGACAGAGGGAGCGGGGAGAGAGAGGAGAGGAGAGGGAAGGAGAGGAGGUGCUGCUCCAGGAUCUGACUCCAGUGUCAGCUCGAUUCGGUCACACAUGCUCCUGCACAGACACGGGUGCUAAUCCACAGAACGUCUCUCCACUGUCUCUCCACCAUUGGUGUGGCGACGAGCAGAAACGCGGAUCUUUCGUGCUAAUCAACGCACAGCGGACACGUCGCUCCGCGUUACGCACGACUUCGCUGCUGCGCCGAAACACUUCGCAUCUAAAAUCACAUACGUGUCCGCUUCCAGUCUCCUUUCUUCCUCCUUAAAACUACCCUCCACCCUGCACCCCCCGCACACCACCUUCCCCAAAAGUGUGCAAAGUUGAGCCAAAUUCCCAUUGUUUUUCCCCCCGUCUCCCCUCUUCGUACCGCGGUGCCAUUUGCAUAGUCAAUUUAUGCCUUAUGAAUUAAAUUAGCGCGUGAUGCAAGUGUGUUACAGUUGAGGCCAGCAUGUGAGGGGGUUAAUGAUAAGACUGGGAAGAUAGAGGAACUAAUAGGCUGCAGGCUAUUAGCAACACGGCAGGACGAGAGCAUGAUGCUUCAUUACACUGAAUUAAAGUAAGUCAAGUGUGAUUCUGCUCCGACUGGCGGAACCUCGUAUCACACUGACGCUCACUUUCACACUGAGCUCUGUGGAGAUAAGACUGGAUUUGAAAUCUUUCAUUGUUUUGUUUUUUUUCUUUUUCUUUCUUUUUUCUUUUGCAUGAUCGUCUUCAAGAGAGAAGAGGAGAGGAGAGAGAGAGAGAGCAGAAGGAAGGAGGGAUGGAGGGGGAGCAGGGGGGCAUGGCACGGUGGUGUUAUUGCGUCACCGCUGCCUUUACUUGCGCAGGCUCUUUACAUUUAGGAAUUUGGCUGCUGCCACCUUAUACUCGUGACUCACGGGUAUCAGAGGACAGUUUGGAUCCCAGACUGUGGAACAACACCAGUGACACACGUGUGACUCCAGUUCUCUAUCAACCUUGUGAAAUGUUUGGAAAAUAUGACGAAAUAAAAGGUCAAAUCUAAUAUAAAAAGUAUGCAUUUUUUUAAACAUUAUUAUUUAUAAAAUUGUUAAUAAUGAGAUGCGACGUAGCACACAGACAGCCGGGACUACUCGGCUUCUUUCAUUCACUUGGGUGUGUAAAACAUUUUAAUUUAACUCUGCUGCAAUUGAGGUAGGAAGAGAGAGGAGCAGAGGAGAGGAGCAGAGGAGAGGAGCGCGGUGCCUCUGGUUUUAUCAUCAGGGGCCCUGCGUGUGCGCUGGAUGGCGUCGCGGAGCCCCAAUCAGGUGCCAUCACACCCGCUGUUUGAGCUCACCAUUGGCUGGUGGGGGAAGGAGCUGUGCGCAAAACCAUCCCCGCUGCUCGCACUCGCCUCACAGAAGCCGAGCUGAGAACAUCAUCCGCUUUGAGCGCUUAGGCGCAGCGAUUACAUCCUCGUUCAACAGAGACACAGAGAAAGUCUGGGUGUGCACUAAGUCUCUGCUCCGAAGUUGCAGUUCACGGUGCGAUUUUUCGUUUUUGCUGCGGCGUGGACGCGAGGCUGCGGCUGUCUCUCGUUCACUUUUUGCUCGUGUGGACUUUGUCUAUUUGGCUUGGCGCCCCCCCCCACCCCGCCGCCGCCCCCACUCCACACCGCCUCCCCCCCUUUUCCUCUGGAGAGAGGACAUUCUGCUCUGCGCACUGGGAGUGUUGGCUGCGCGUCCUGGCUUUUCGUUCUGCGUGGUUCUGCACCGACGCCAGGAAAAAAAAAAGAAAAAAAAAAAAAACAGCAACAACUCACAGACCGCUGCAGAAUUGAUCAGAAGAGAGAAGUGUCGGAUCAAAUGGCCGUGCUUCUCACAGCUGAAACCACACAGUGCUACACUGACCCGCAGCAAAAGGGAGGAAUUUCACGCUCUCACAGUCUUGUUGCUCUUAUUUCCACUGCCUUUUUACGGACAUAGGAGAUGAUCGGUUCCUGCAAGAGGGAGGAAUAACGCUCAGCAUUUUCUUUUUUUUUCCUUGUUUUUCUUUUAAUUUCGUCUUUAAGUGCACUUUGAAAGAGAGAGAGAGAGAGAGGAGAUGAUUUGGUUCAUCUUCCUGCUCUCCAUCCUGGAUGGAGCUGUUUCCCAGCUCCAUUACUCCGUGCCAGAGGAGCAGGAGCCUGGCUCCGUGGUUGGAAAUAUUGCAGAGGAUUUGGGAUUGGACAUCACCAAACUUUCCGCUCGUCGCUUUCAGACUGUGCCGAGUUCACGGACUCCGUACCUGGAGGUGAACUUAGAAAACGGUGCUCUGGUGGUAAAGGAGAAAAUUGACCGAGAGGAAAUCUGUAAGCAGACCAUCCCGUGCCUAUUGCACCUGGAGGUGUUCCUGGAGAAUCCGCUGGAGCUCUUUCGGGUUGAGAUUGACGUGAUGGAUAUCAACGACAACCCGCCCAGCUUCCCGGAGACGGACAUUUCUGUGGAGAUAACAGAGAGCGCCGUCCCCGGGACGCGUUUCCCGGUGGAGAACGCGUUCGACCCGGACGUGGGCACGAACGCGCUCAGCACUUAUGCCAUAACGAAUAACAACUAUUUUUACCUUGACGUGCAGACGCAGAGCGACGGCAACCGGUUCGCAGAGCUGGUGCUGGAGAAGCCGCUGGACAGGGAGCAGCAGGCGGUGCACCGCUACGUGCUGACCGCCGUGGACGGGGGCGUCCCUCAGCGGACUGGGACGGCUCUGCUGGUCGUUAAAGUUCUGGACUCUAAUGACAACGCACCGACAUUUGACCAGUCUGUGUACACCGUUAACCUGCGGGAGAACUCGCCCGUGGGCACCCUGGUUAUCCAGCUGAACGCAACGGAUGUGGACGAGGGACAAAACGGGGAAAUAGUUUAUUCUUUCAGCAGCCACAACGCUCCACGGAUAAAGGACUUGUUCAGUAUCGAUGCCAGAACAGGUAGAAUAGAAGUGGUGGGAGAGGUGGACUAUGAAGAGAGCAGUACGCACCAGAUUUAUGUCCAGGCGAAAGACCUGGGGCCCAAUGCGGUCCCUGCGCACUGCAAAGUGCUGGUCAAACUGGUGGACGUUAAUGACAACACACCGGAGAUCGGUUUCAGCACCGUCACCGAGUCCGUGAGCGAGCAGGACGCGCCGGGCACCGUGAUCGCCCUGUUCAGCGUCUCAGACCGGGACUCCGGUGAGAAUGGACAAAUGACGUGUGAGAUUUUGGGAGACGUUCCGUUCAAGCUGAAAUCCUCCUUCAAGAAUUACUACACCAUCGUGACCGACGGGGCGCUGGACAGAGAGAGCGUGGACUCGUACAUGGUCACGGUGGUGGCCAAAGACAAAGGUCAGCCUUCACUGGCCACCAGCAAGUCCAUUAAAGUGCACGUCUCCGACGAGAACGACAACGCGCCGCGCUUUACGCAGGCGGUGUAUGAUGUGUAUGUGACCGAGAACAACGUGCCCGGUGCUUUCAUUCACGCGGUGAGCGCUCUGGACCCCGACGUAGGUCAGAACGCUCUCAUUAUCUACUCCAUAUUGGAGUGUGACAUACAGGGCAUGUCCGUGGACACGUACGUGUCCAUAAACCAGGACACCGGCUACCUUUACGCGCUGCGCUCCUUCGACUACGAGCAGCUGAAGGAGUUCAGCUUCAUGGUGCAGGCGAAGGACUCGGGUCCCGCCGAGCUCUUCUCCAACGCCACCGUAAAUGUCAUCAUAGUUGACCAAAACGACAACGCGCCCACUGUCAUAGCGCCUCUGGGUAAAAAUGGCACAGCCAAAGAGCACCUGCCGCGCUCCGCCGAGCCGGGCUACCUGGUGACGCGCAUCGUGGCCAUGGAUGCGGACGACGGCGAGAACGCACGCCUGUCGUACAGCAUCCUGCGGGGCAACGAGGUGGAAAUGUUCCGCAUGGACUGGAGGACAGGUGAGCUGAGGACAUCCCGCAGGAUCUCUCCCAAGAGGGACAUACAGGGCUACUACGACCUCCUGAUAGAGGUGAGGGACCACGGGCAGCCCCCUCUCUCAUCCUCCGCCAGUGUGAGUGUAAUUUUGGUGGACAGCGUGGUGGAAGGGCGCAGCGGGGACCGCGGCUCGCCUUCCAGGGCAAAGGAGACGUCCCUUGACCUUACCCUCAUCCUCAUCAUUGCUCUUGGCUCCGUUUCCUUCAUCUUCCUCUUGGCCAUGAUUGUGUUGGCCGUGCGCUGCCAAAAGGACAAAACUCUGAACCUGUACACAUGCCUGCUGGCCGGUGACUGCUGCCUGUGCUGCAGCCCCUGCUGCAGCAGACAAGCUCGAAGCCGGAAGCAGAAGAAGCUGAGCAAAUCUGACAUCAUGUUAGUUCAGAGCACCAAUGUGACAUCAGGGGUCGGACCCGUGGGGCAGGUGCCCGUGGAGGAAUCCGGUGUGGGCGGUGUGGGAGGGGGCUUCGGCUCCCAUCACCACCAGAACCAGAACUCCUACUGCUACCAGGUGUGUCUGACACCUGAGUCUGCCAAAACGGAUCUCAUGUUCCUCAAACCAUGCAGCCCAUCCCGCAGCACGGACACGGAUCACACCAACCCCUGUGGUGCCAUCGUCACCGGGUACAGUGACCAGCAGCCGGACAUCAUAUCCAAUGGCAGUAUUCUGUCCAAUGAGACAAAACACCAACGAGCAGAACUCAGCUACCUGGUGGACAGACCCAGACGUGUAAACAGCUCUGCGUUUCAAGAAGCAGACAUCGUCAGCUCCAAAGACAGCGGUCACGGCGACAGCGAACAGGGUGACAGUGACCAUGAUGCCACCAACCGGGGUCAUUCGACCGGAACCGACCUGUUUUCCAACUGCACAGAGGAGUGCAAAGCCCUGGGCCACUCUGACCGCUGCUGGAUGCCGUCCUUCGUGCCGUCAGACGGGCGUCAGGGUCCGGACUACCGCAGCAACCUGCACGUCCCCGGCAUGGACGCCACGCUGCCCGACACUGAGCCCGCAAAAAGAUUUGCUAGCUCGUUCCACGUGGACUUGUCGGAGACAGCGUGAACAUUUUUUGCUUUUGUUUUUUUUUUUUCUUUUCGCCUGACCACCAACACUGAUGCUAAAGACAACGAAAAAACAAAACUGUACCAUCGAGAACCUGGACAACGGGACGACCUUGGUUCAACUCGCGAAACUUUCACAAAGCCUUGGCAGAGGUUGCACGAGGAGGACAGAAACGAGUACUGACUAAACGUAAACCUCUAGACAUCCGGGAGAGGAGAAAUCCAAGGCCUUAUUUCUCUCAGUGGGACUGAGACCAGGGCCAAAUCGCUCGACACGAGAAGAUUUAAAAGAAAAAAUCAUCAGCAGAAAGCCGAAAGGGAACGAAGCGGGACAGAGGAAUACAAAACAAAACACAUGAUGAGAAAGGAGACCGUUGAGCUCUCAGAGGUGGUUUGUCUUUUUGACUGAGCAGUGAGCCUCUAGAGAUCUGUGUGCCUGUUUACAUAAAGACACAAAAAGAAAUAAAAAAAUAAAAAUGAAACAUCUUUCUGUACAAACUACAACCGACGUCAAAUGGAACCCUUUAGCUAUUUCUAUGGUCACCACUAAGCCAACUGUACAGAGACUGUGUUUGUGUGUGUGUUGGGGUGGGAGUGGGAGGUGGGGGGGCUGACAGCCAGUGUGAGUACAGAAGACGGAGCACGAGACGAUGAGACAAAGGCUGCAUCCACACUACUCAGCGGUUUUUUUGGUAUUUUUUCUUUCUUGGAAACGCUCAUUUACAACAGUGUGCCUGUCAUUUACGAUAGCCUGGUGACUUUGAGCUGCUGAAACUAAAACAUGUCAAAACAUCAGCUAAUACUAUUACUGUGCCGAAAACAUAGGGGUUUGGACUUUUUGGCGAUACUUCUGACGCUGCCACUGUCGUCGCCAUCAAAGUACGCAACGGAGUAGCUGCUCUGCCAGUUGCGUGAAAUACAUUUUCUGUAUAUAGGUUUAUGUCGAUCUUGUUGAUGUAUAACGUCAAUAGUUUUUUCAAAUUAUAAUAUAGUCGCAAUCGAUAGUUUCCGGUCUGUCCUUCAGGAUAUAAAGUUCGUCGUUUUGUGAAUUACAGUCACAUGUAAAAAAAACAAGAAACGUUUAGUAACGAUUGGCAAGUGGUAACACUGUGGCACCAUCACCCCUCUAUGACAGUCCAACUGAGUGAGAGUACCUUAGCGCAAUUCGUUCAUCUCUUUUUUUUUAUUUAAUUAUAAACUGGAACACUAUGACAUACAGUAGCCUGGUGUUUGGAGUCCUACAAACGAACUCAUGUUCUAGUUUUUCUAUGUACGAUAUUGACUUGAGUGAAUGUAUAAAUGGACCUUUGCUGACGUGUCACAUGACACAUUUUUUUUUUCGGAAAGAAAAGAAGCUGUGAUAACAAAUGGCGUAGAGCCACGAGCCAGCGUUGGGCUAGCCUGUUCAGAUAGAGUCCGCAUGCUGCCACGCUGUAGACCAUUCCAGCUUCGAUGAAAUGGACCUCUUACGAAAGGGUUGUUGUACAAUUUCCAUGUCAUGUGGCGGUUCUAACCGUAGGUGGAGAACGAGGGUUCCAACAGUGGGGAUCGUAGAUUGUACCCAUUAUUUUCUCCUAUAUUAACGGAGUAGUGUGGGUGUAGCCAAAGAGCAAACUAGUAGAUGUACAGGUAUAAAGCAAAGGACACAAGUGAAGGAAAAGGGGACGGGGGUGGGGUGGGGGGGGCAAGAGAAAAUGUGCAGUACUAUAAAUCUGUAUCUCUGUUUUGUUUUGACUUUACUGUCUUUUAAUACCUUCUCUCUUUUUCGUUUCUGUUGUUCUUUCUGUGUGGUUAAAGUGACUCUAACAUAUUCAAACUUACAGUUACAGACGGGAACAUGGGGUGGAGGAGGAGGAAGUUUAGGGAGCGGCAGAAAAGUUGCGUACGGUGCUUAGAACGUGGAACUGCCAACAAUCCUCAUGUUCAGUCUGACAAUAAAGAAUCACAAAUGAAUUUUCUCAUUUCUUACACACUGGUGACUAACAACGGUGGACGUUCUUGACUCGAGCCGACUGCGGAGACGCUGGGAUGUGGUUGCUCUGAUGCCGCUGGCCUAUAAGUAAACAAUCAAACACAUUCUGUGGUUUUUUAAUCAUUCUGUGCAAAGUGUUAUUGUGCUAUUUUAAAAAAAAGCUUAUAAAUGAAUAUAAAUCUCUAUAUAAAAAACCCUAUAUUAUAUAUACAUAUAUAUAUAUACAAAAUAUAUACAC